AUGUUAUGGCCUCUAUUUUUGUCGCAGUUUAGAAGACUAUACUAUGCCCCUGGAAAGUUGGAGCGCAUUCCCGGGAGGAGGCAUCACUACCGACUGCUCUAUCCUGCUUCAAACUUGGUCCAAAACAGCCUAAGCCGAACUCAAGCGAACAAUCACAUUCAUGCACAACCACAAACACACACCCUUCACAGCCAGCAGCAAAAACAUUGUCACAACCCAUCACAGCUUUCUCAAAGUAUAUCCAACAGUUUUACAGGCUCAAAUUCCGCCUCGUCUCAGCACAGCUCUGCUUCAUUUGCCUUAAAUUCAUCAACAGUUCCAAACACUCCCCCUUUGCUUAAAUCCCCUCCUCCUUCAUCCUUUUCCUCCUCCUCUCCCAUCUCUUCUGUCCUUUCAUGCUCUUCUUUCUGUUCUCCUUCUUCCUUCCAUUCUUCCCCUUCUCCUUCUUCCCCGUUCUCCUCCACUCUAUCCCCUUAUUUCCCUUCAAUGUCCUUCUCUACUGCAGCAUCGACCUCCACAUUCUCAUCUCCAUCUUCAAAUGAGCUUGAUUUAUCAUUUUUAUCCAAUAAGUCCGAUGCCAUUCGACCAUCAGCUCAAGCAGAAGAUGAUAUUGACUGUACUCGGCAGAACAUUUGCAAAUCUGGCCGCUUUGACUCAUUAAAGCCUAGGCAACAAAGACAACAAAAACACCAACAACUAACUUCAUCAAAUAACACAAACUUGCCCCAAUCCUUAGGCUUGCCAGUCAGUCAAAAUCUGUCUCGAUUUGAACAUUCUGAUAGCUCUGAGAGGACACAGCCUUCCUCCUUCACCUUACGGGAUCCUGCUUCACUUAAUCUAACACAAUCUGGGCGAAAUUGCGAAGAGAUUAGAGUGGGGCAGUUGGCUGAGUUCGACCACAAACAGGAUUCUUUCUACUGUGAGGACGACUCUCCACUUAUACUCUCCUCAUCUCGAGGGCAUACCUUGUCUCCAAAAUCUCACCCAUAUACAAGACAGCCUCAUCCUCUGCUCCGAUCUCGCCAUCAAACGCUCCAAGCGAAGAUUGACCAUCCAGUUUGCUCGCAGCCUCUUUCUAUGGGGGAGCAGCUGCAGUCGAAACCUUCCUACACUGGUCUCGUGCAGUCUUCCAUAGUUGAAACCAAUGUGUCUAAAAUAUUUUCACCCGCCUGUACCAAGCAUCCUAGAACAAACUCUUCAUAUGAUAUGCAUCGUGGUAUAACGCAAAUUCCACAGAGUUCAGCACAUGCAUACACCUCAAAAAUUGUCUCCACCUGCCGAUCGACAAAUUCUACAUUUGAAGCAGUAAAGUUA